AACAAAACCCAGGUCGACCCGACCUGAUCGCCCCCGCGUGGUCGCCCGAUGCCGCGAUGGCGGACCCUCUCGUCGACCCGCUCUUCACGCUGGGCGGGGCAGCGCUGGAGGAGCGCGGCCGUCUCAAGAGCUCAGCCUAUGCCAAGUUCAUCGUCCAGUUUCGCUCCGAGUCCAGGAACAGGCAGGAGCAUCCCCAGCCCUCGCUGCCGGGCUUGCGCAGCGGCGAGACGUCCGAGUCGCACCUGCGUUGCUGGGAAGACUCGAAGGGCGCCGGUUGGAUCGCCGCCGUGCAAGGCAAAUCGGCUUGGUUCAGUUUGUCUUCUUGGGGCUCCUGGCGCCUGGCCUUCCUUUUGGCCAAGCUCCAACGAGACUUGUGGCUGAAAGGUGGCGUUGAGGUGCGGACGGUGAAGACGUCGACGGAAGAGGCCAAGGUCAGCGGUCAACGAGGACGACCCAGGAAGGAACCCAAAGAGGUUCCAGAACCACGUCCAGAGAAAUGCCAAAAGACUGAAGUCACGCCAGACCUUUCAGCUAAAGCGGCUAAAGGCCGAGGACGAGGACGACCCAGGAAGGAACCCAAAGAGGUUCCAGAACCACGUCCAGAGAAAUGCCAAAAGACUGAAGUCACGCCAGACCUUUCAGCGACGCCCGACCCGGCAGACCCUCCCGCCGACCCGGAGACGGAGGACCCCGCGAGGGCGCCGAGGUUUCCGGAGGUGCCCAGCGCGGAGCAGUUGCAUGAGCUGAUGAACGAAGGUCGCCUCACAUCCUUUGUGCGGUGGAAGAAGUGGCCCUUCAUCUACAGCCCUGCGUGGGAGGGCCAGCGCUGGAGCAAGCUCUUGGAGGUGCAGACAAGAGGAGACGUCGUUCAACAUCUUGGCCCAAACAUUGGAACUGAGGACGUGACAUCGGGGGCCCUCGGCAAUGAAGACCUGCUGGAAGAAAUCCUCAUGAAACUCCGCAGGCAAGCAGCGGGCGAGAAGCUUUCAAACUCGAGGCUCCUGCGGAAGCAACGCGAGGCGCAGCGGAAGCGCGCGGCCGCCGAGGCGGCGGAACGCCCGGCGCCGCAGCGACGGCCACCGCCGCAGGUGCCUGGCUGCAGCUGUGGGCGGCCCAUCCAUACUGAGAGGUGCCGCCUCUUCCGUCCGCGCUGCGAGGCCCGGGCGCCGCCCCACCCACCGCGGCCGCCGCCCCCUCCGGGUCCAUCGGCUGCGGCGCGGUCGUCCGGCGAAGGAGAGCCGCUCACGGCGGCGGCGAAGCAGGUCUUGCAGUUGGAGCGGCACAUCGAAGCGCAGCCGAAGAGUCGACAGAAGCUGCUGUGGAAGCGAGCCAUGCUGAGGUGCCAUCCUGAUAAGGUUAAGGAGGCGAGUUCCGAAGCUCAAGCAGCAGAGGUCUUCAUUGAGGUGAAGAAGAAGUACGACCUCUUCGUGAACCUCAAUGACUGAGCGAAGAAGUCGAAUGCCACGAGCGCGGUCCGGGCGUGGGUAGACAGACUGUUGAGCUCGGCGGACGUGCGCGGAAGGCCGGUCAACAAAGGUCGAGUCGUCUCGACUUGGAAAGGCCCACCUUGCGGUGGAAUGGAAGCGAAAGCUGCCGGGCAUCCAGACCGCUGGUUUUAAGACCUGUCUUCGUC